AUGACCAAUCAUAUCUCAUCCUUUGGGGACACCGUCCUAGCGUUGACUAAAUGCGGCCAGGUGUUUGCUUGGGGUAACAAUGAAUACGGCCAGAUAUGGCCAGUAGAUGAAAUCCAGGUGGCUAGUCCGACCUUGCUACCUGUCCAUGAUGCCUAUCAAAUUCCUGAGGAAUGCCGUUUGGAAGACCGAUGUGGAUCAAAUGAAUUUCGGCCUGGCCGGAUUUCGUCCGUAGCUGCUGCUGGUUCAAUGUGUGGCCUUCUUGAUGAAUUUGGCCAGGUCAGGUGUCGUUAA